GGUUGGAGAGCCUUUUCAGGUAGACAUUCCUUUGCGUCUUGAUAUUUCAUACGCUGUUGUGCUGGCACAAUUAAUACCUACUAUUUACUUCUGUAAUCUGUACUUUCUGGCUCAUAUUAUCUUUUCUCUUUCUGGCGUACCAAAUUCACCAUGGACCCCAGCGACAUGUGUUCUUCGCAUACCUGCCUCUCCGAGUCGUCAGGCUCCACAUAUAAUAAUCUUAACGAGAAGGAGCUCGAGUAUAUGAGCUUGAUUCAAAACCAAGCACAGCCAUACUUUCCUCGAUUCACAGCAGCGCUAGCGGAACAAACUCCUGUCGAGCGAGAACAAGGACGAUGUGCCGCAAUCGACUUUACCGACCCACAGGGCCACCAGGCCACUUCGUUUGCAACAGUUGCAGAGCUCGAUCUGUACAUUGGGGAUGCAUCUCCGCCACCAUACCAUACAGACACCGAGCUACCUAGGCGUCGACUGUUUGUACUGGAAGACCUACCCUGUAAUCACCUAUUAGCACUAGGCUCCCGACUUGGAAUACCUCCUAGCUUCUUCGCUGGGCAUUGGGAAGAUCCGGCAUCGUCCACAUUCAACCAUCGUAAUCCAUUCCAGCGCUGUGCGCUUCCCCAUUUCCGGCUGCGAUACGCUACAUCGAAUAGAGUGGAGGUCGAUUGCCCAACGCCCGGCAAUACCAAGACUAGUCUGAAUAUGUUCGCUUUCGAUUCGAGGGUGAAUCGAUACCUCCACACAUACCCUCGUGAGGGUCUAAUCUACGACGAAGCGAGGAGCCAUCAUGGAUUGUCCUUUUGGAGUAGUCCGGCCCGCGAGGACGGGUCGUGGGACGCGGUGUUGCUGGUUGACCCAGCUCCAGGGCAGCAGGUGCGCUGUAUGACCACGCGGAAGCUAAUUCCACUUCGUCAGAGGCUGGCGGAUGAGACUUUGAUGCCCAAGCAUUUUCUCAAUCCGGAAUUUGAUGUCCUCGACGAGUUGCCACAGGACUGCUCGCAGUGGGCAGCGUGCUGUUCCUCUCCAGGAUACCGCUCGAUGUUCGACGACACGAUGCAGUCGUUUUGCGCGAAGGGUGCCAAGGUCGUGGCUACACGCGAUCCAUUAAGCGUCGUCGAGAUUCCGCGACGCCUAGUCAUCUCAAUUGUGGUAGCCUACAUGCGUCGCCGCUAUCUCAACCUCGUCAGCAUCCAGAACAGCAACUUCCGGCCUCACACUCAGCGCCACGACUAUCUCUCCAGCUUCUCCAAAAGCAACUACUCGAUUUGGAGCGGCGAAUUCUUCGACUUCAUCGUCGGCUCUCGCGCUGCGAUAAGGGUAUUUGCGAGGGAGAUGGAUGACAACGUGGUCGCGCUAGGGCUCGAUGAUGCACAUUGCUCAGCGCCGCAGUGGGAAAGAGACGGGUGGCAGUCGAUCAAAGAACUGACGAAUGUAGUUGAGGAGACAGUGAAGGCGUUAGCGGCGGGAUAUUUGCAGUAUGUCACGAUCCAGGAGGCGCAUGUGUCGAAUGGUAAUGAGCAGAGUCUGUCGAGGAUCGCGGUACUCACUAUGCUAUUCAUCCCGUUGUCAACGGUAGCGAGCAUCUUUUCGAUGGGAGGAGAGUUUCUACCCGGCCAGCCGAGGGCGUGGGUGUUUUGGGUUGUGGCGAUUCCGUUGUUGGCGAUGGUUGCGUAUGUGUACUGGUAUCAGCAGCUCAUGAGAGCGUGGCAAGGCAGGAAGGAGCAAUUGUUGCCCAUGUUUACUACUAAGAAGUAAGAGCGCAAUAGUUAAUGAAUGAAUGAUGGUCUUCAAAUCAAAACAGAUCAGUAAAAGCCAGUUCCUCGCCCGCCCACUGAUGGGAGUGAGAGCGACUGGACUGUUAUCGUGAAAAUGUCGUGGAAGAUGCAGAAAUGACGUCAUGGCUGUACGGGUGUUGUAUAUGACUCGACUAUCAUCAGUGCCUUGGUAGCAUGCGAUAGUUGGAAGACGAAG